AUAGUAGUCAUUGUUGCAUCUAUGUAAGUAGUAGUAGCAGUAGUGUUUCUUCAUCAUCUGCCUCCGCCCUUUGUUUGCUUCUUCUGUUUUGCCGACACUGCUUGUUUUUUUUUUACCUCAUGCCUAUGACCGUCUCAUUGAUGUGUAUUACUUAAACCGCCUUUAACAUUGGUGAUUGAUCCACUCCACGCAUGCAUGCAUGCAGAGUGAGAAACACAAGUUCAGAUUGAGAUUUUGGAUCACCGCAGCGGAAAUUCCCGACAACUUUCUGACGGGAACCCACAGCUGGGAUUUGUCAAAUCUUAUGAGGUGUAUGCAGAAGGGAAAAGAAAAAAAACGGAGAAAUCAGGUUGAAAAGCGCCGGGACCAGAAAGCCCUUCAGGUGCAGUGUCUGUACUUGUGCUGUAGGUAAGGUAAGAAGAGAGGAUUGGAAAUGCUUGGACGGUUCCA